AUGGCUGCUGUGCAAGGAGGCUCCGCGUCAGAGGACAAAUCGCCUGUGGUUUGUGUCUUUUGUGGCUCUUCGCCUGGGAAAGACCCGGUGCAUUUAGAAUCCGCGCAGAUUCUCGCCAAAUCCCUUCAUGGAGCAGGCUACAAGCUUGUCUACGGCGGAGGAACCAUGGGCAUCAUGGGCGAGGUAGCCAAAACCUUGGUGUCGCUCUCUGGCCCCAGCUCUGUGCGAGGUAUUAUUCCUCGUGCCUUGAUCCGUACAGAGGUCGACAGCUCGAUUCGACAUGGAACCAACUCCAGCAAAGUAGAACGGACAAUGUCACCCGAGGAGCUGCAGCGUAUCGACAGCAAUGAAGAUCCCGACAGCAAGAUUGUACCGGCCAACGAAUUCGGGGCUACAACCAUCGUCCCGGACAUGCACACCCGCAAGCGCAUGAUGGCUCAAUGUGUGGAGGCUGGAGGUCCGGGCUCAGGCUUUGUUGCUCUGGCUGGUGGCUAUGGCACUCUGGAGGAGGUCAUGGAGAUGGUUACCUGGAAUCAGCUGGGAAUCCACAUGAUCCCGAUUGUUCUGGUCAAUGUCAACGGCUACUGGACUGGCCUUCUAGACUGGGUCAAAAAUAGCAUCAGAGAAGGCUUUGUUGGUGAGGGGGCGGCCAAUAUCCUGGUCGAGGUUAAAAGCGCAGAUGAAGUUGUUGAGGCUCUGAGGCAGUAUAAGCUAGCCCCCGGCAGAUUUAAACUGGAUUGGUCCAAAUAG